GGUUAUUAUCGAUUACCCUAAUGGUGGAAGGGAACGACAGUUACACCACAGAUUUGUGGGUAUUUUAACUAAAUUUUACAACUUUGAAACAGGUUUGGAAAAUAAUUUUACUUUAUUAGAAUUUAAAUAAAUAAUAAAAUAAUUAUUAAUGAGAUUAAAUUACAAAUAUCCUUGACAAAUUUUGUUGUCAAGUUGAAUCAUUCUCUCUUCUUGAAUCUUCGAACAUUUUCAAUAUUUUUUUAACAUUAUUUAAUACAAUGUUCUUAUUUAGAGAGAUAAAAAUAAAUCUUAUAUUAAUAUUUUACUAUUUAAAUUAUCUAAUUAAAAUUAUUUAUAUAUAGAAUAUUCUAUAUAGUUGAUUAUUGGAAUUAUGUACAUUCUUUGCUAUAGGAAUUUCAUAAGUCAUUUCUUUUACUAGUCACGAACGCAUUCUUUCUUUCCAAUGCAUAAAAAAAUACCUAAAUCUCCUCCCUUUCUGUAGUAUUUUCGAAUAAAGGCCUAGGAGGUGAUCUUUAAGCGGAAUUGAUUUACUUUAUAUGUAAUAUAAAUAUCUAUGUGGACUAUUGAAUAUAUUUAUAGCUGUUAUAAACUGAACGACGACCAUUUUCUUAUUUGCAGGAGAAUUUAUAUUUUUAAAGAAAAUGAUUUAAAACAAUAAAGAUAAAGAUACAAAACGGUAUGAAACUUUGCAAAGGAGAUUCAGAAAAAAUAACUUCUGGGAUUUUCAUAAUACUCAAUGUUUUAAUAUGUAUAUUUGGUAUAUUAUUAACAACUUUCUCAUUGAUAAUUUUACACGAUGACGAUGAUUUUAAAAUUGAAAUACAAUGUGAUAAUGCUAAAGAACAUCACGACAACUUGGAAAUUGGUUGUCUGGUAUUGACGGCUGCUGGAACUCUAUUUUUUAUGAUUUCCAUAUUAGGAGUAGUCACUGCAAUUAUAAAAUAUAAAUUCUAUUUACUAGUUUACGUUAUUGGUGUUAUUAUAGCGAUUAUAUUAUUAAUUAUUGGCAUAGUUUUGUCACACUCCCUAUUCUAUAAGAAAAUUACCAAUUGUAUGAAUAAGAAGCUGGUCGUAGGCAUUCAGGAUGAUUUUAUAGGGUCUGCCUACACUUAUAAGCUUCUACCAGCAACGGAUGAUGUAUCUUUAAAUUGGGAACAGAUUUUUCGAAAUUUUGGCUGCUGUGGACUUGACAGCUAUAAAGAUUUUCAAAAAGACAACUAUAAAUGGUCUAACAAGUGGAAUAACGAUUACCGUCUUAUAAAUUCAUCGGUGAAUUCAACGAAUAAUAAAAUACAGCUUUAUGGUAAAAUACCAAUCGGAUGUUGUAAAGUGAAAAAUGACGUUUGGGGUCAUAAUACAACCUUUGUUAAUGUUCUGGAUUGUCUAACAAAUCCGAAUUCGGAUAAUGCUCAUUUGAAUGGUUGUCAGGAAGAUAUGGAAAAAUAUCGGAAAAAAGAGAGUCUAAUACUGAUAAUUUUCAGCAUAUUUGAAAUUUUCAUAGCUCUAGCGGCUCUUUUUUGUGCCUUUUUCCUUUUUUACAAGGCAAGAACAUCCACGUCAAAAGUUUCCCCAGCUCCUUCUCCUAUACCCUCUGCAACUGUUCGAAAAAGUUCGAAAAUACUUGUUCAAAACGAAACUACCGAAACAUACACAAAUCCAGUAAAGAUGGAUACGGAACGAGAAGAGCCAGUAGAAGACGACAAGGAGAAAAAGAAGAGAAAGAAGGACAAGAAAAAGAAGAAAAAGAAGAAGAAGAAGAAGAGCGAAGAAGAAUUACCAAAGAUUCGAGGAUCAAAUAAUACGGAGCAGUUUGAUGCCUAG